AUGGCCACGGCUCAUGUCCUCGACGACUACUACCUGGCCAUCACCGCCAUUGUCACCGUCGCCUACCAGCUCUUCUUCUUUGCCAUUGCCUUUACCUUGAAGUUUGACAAGCUCACCGAUCUCGCCGGCGGUUCCAACUUUGUCGUCCUGGCCAUCCUCACCCUCGCCCUGUCCGGACACCACCACGCUCGCCAGCUCGUCGCCUCCCUCUUCCUCAUCGUCUGGGCCGUCCGCCUCUCGGGCUUCCUCUUCUUCCGCAUCCUGCGCACCGGCUCCGACGACCGCUUCAAUGACAAGCGCGACAAGUUCGUCCCCUUCCUCGGCUUCUGGGUCUUCCAGAUGCUCUGGGUCUGGCUCGUCUCCCUCCCAAUCACCCUGCUCAACUCCCCCAACGUCACGCGCUACCCGCAGCACGACUUUGGCACCGGCAGGGACAUUGCCGGCGUCCUCCUCUUCGCAAUUGGCUUCGCCAUGGAGGCCGUGAGCGACGUGCAAAAGUACCGCUUCCGCCAGGCCCACGACGCCAAGGCCGUGUGCGACAAGGGCCUCUUUGCCGUCUCCCGGCACCCAAACUACUUUGGCGAAAUAAUCAUCCAAUUCUCCAUUUACAUGAUUGCCGUCUCCUCCGCCGCCGAUGGCUACGUCGGCGGACAGGCGUUCAAGGCCCUCUACGCCAGCAUCCUGGGCCCCGUGUUCCUCACCCUCCUUCUCAUGUUCGUCUCCGGGCUGCCACUCUCGGAGCGGCCCAAGGCCCAGGCACGGUACGAAAAGGGCAACAACUGGCCAGGGUAUAAGCGCUGGCUCGACCGCACCAGCAUCCUCAUCCCCUUUCCGCCGCAGCUGUACGCCAAGAUGCCCGUCUUCCUCAAGCGCACCCUCUUCCUCGAGUUCCCCAUGUACGUCUUCGACCCGGCCAAGCACUCGGACAAGCCGCAGCCCGGGGGCGGCCCCGACGGUGCCGAGGCCGACGGCCAGAGCGGCCAGGAGAGGCUGGUGUAG